GCACUGCCAAGUACAUUAAUCUGUAGAACACAUCCAUUGUGGUUUAAACUAAUAAUUUCUCCGACCAGAAGUAGCAGAAAUUAAAAAAUGGCCGCCAUGUCAGCCACCAAGUUGUCAGCACUCUUACCCUCUGCCACCUUCAACAAAACUCCCAGGAUUCAGGCCACUCCUAUUCUUGGACUGCCUGCAAUGGCAUCAAGAGGCGGCAGGGUGAGAUGCAGCAUAGAGGAGAAAGCGGAGGCGAAAGAAAAGAGCGUAAACGCGAGCAUGGUUGCAUCAAUGGUGGCAGCAGUUAGUGCAAGUGCAGGACCAGCUAUGGCUUUAGUUGAUGACAGAAUGAGCACAGAAGGAACCGGUCUUCCUUUCGGUUUGAGCAACAAUCUUCUCGGUUGGAUUCUGUUCGGAGUGUUCGGUUUGAUUUGGUCACUCUACACUGUCUACACUUCUACUCUUGAUGAAGAUGAUGAUUCUGCUUUGUCCCUUUAAUUAUGCCAUCAAUCAAACCUAAGAUGUGUAAAAACCAACUUUAAGAUGUAAAAUGUGUGUUUAUGUAUCAAAUGCUUUGACAUUUUAUCUUUAUCAUUCUAUUUUAUUUUCAUCA